UCUUUCGUUUAUUAUUUCCUGAAAUUUCCAAAGGCUGAGCUCUUUGCGUAUGUUGCAGGUUCAGAAAAGUAAGAGAACAACUAGUUCUCAGACUUUUAUGUACGCCAUUCAGACUGCGCGACAAAGCUCAAGAGUUAAGAACGUCGAUACAAGCUCUUGCUUUAUACUUCCUCGGUGUUUUACUGCCAACUCAAAAAGCUGUUGAAAUAUGUGACAGUGAGUCUGGGUAAUUCAUUUGUUUUUGGACUUCUAUACUCGGAAAACACUCAAUAUUACCUUGCAUCUCGCUUUUUUACAUUUGCCCCUGAGCUAUAAUUAACAAAAAGUUAGUGGACCGUGACAUGUUGUCAAAGGCACAAAACAGAUGCAUGCAACAGUCACUCGACAUCACGCAGUCUUGCAGUCACCAGAGACUCCGUCUUAGCAGCGAUAGGAAGGAACCCUCAGCCGGGAACUAAGUAACUGAGGAGCUGAGUUAAUUUACACUAGCUACGUGUGCCUGCUUUGUUUUGGGUGUGAUUUGAUUUGAUGUUAUUUACAUAGACAGACCCCCGAAUUGUUAGUAGGUGCGCAUAAUUAAACUCAAAACAAAUCCACAGCCCUGUACUAUUAUUUUACUAAUUUAGUUUACCCCUGGAUGGGUUUUAAUAGUUGAGAACUGUCAGAACUGGUGACCGUCAGAGGAGAAGUGGCGUCAUUUUCAUUGAAAGCUGAGAUCCGAGAUCUGCAACAUUCACUGAUAGCUGAAAAACUGUUGAAAUCUUAACUGAUGAUACUUAAGAAAUGGCCAAGAACUUAACUGAUAAUUGAGAUUACAUCAACCCUAUUCAGACCCUCUAUCUCUCUCCAAACAUAUACAGGAGCAUCCUCUGUCGGUAGAACUACGAAAUUUACGAGGAUUUGUUUUAAAGUAACGUUUGAUUGAUUCGGACAAUUUAUUUCUUCUUAGUACCUUUCUAAAAUGAAACAUUCAGCAUCUUUUACUUAGCGACAUUGCUCGUGCACGCUUUGGGAAUUUGCGAAAUGUAUCCUUCAGGACGUAACACGUUUGAUCGCAUCGUAAGUUUCAAGUCAAGCAUUGAAACGUAUCCACUUAGCUGUCAACAAUUCGUGCCUCGAAAAAUUGAUACAAAAACGACAGACUUUUAUAAGAUUCUCUGAAUUGAGAGACACAAUAAAUUAUGCUAAGCAAUUAUUCAAAUAAGAAAUCCUGUUUGAGUUUUGUUACCAAGCUGGCAUCAAAUUCAUUGACAAAUUCAUCCAGGUCGAAAUCGGUCUUUUUUUCCACUCUCCCAAACACAGUAACGUUUUUAUUAUUACUAUUUUUCAAUGGGAAACUCUUAUAUUGAGGGUUUAUACCAUUCAGCUUGCUCUUACACCUUACGCAGGAUCAGCGGAGGCAAACGCCAUUAAGACAGCAUUUCGAGGCUGUCUCUGAUCUUCACCAUGGUACGCAAGCAGAUCAAUCGCAGAUGUUUAAACCAGACAACCACGUGGCUUCCAGUAAAAACAUGCAUGCAUUUUCAUUUCAAACAAUCACCCACGUUAGUUAUUCUGCGCUUUGGUCUCAAAUCGGAAAUAAAUGACUAAGCUCCUGGUAAUCAGAUAUCGAAUCAGACUGUCCAUGGCACAUGUACUAUAAUUUUAUAGUAUACACUUAAUUAAAUACUGAUCCCUUGGGAAACGCUUAUGUCUCUCUCGCUUUGGUUUCGGAAAACCGUGAUCGAGAGUUCGGAGGAGAAAAAAACUAAUCAUUUCCCAAGGGACCAGUAAUUAAGUGUUAUCCCAUUUUGAGUAGUCGUCAGAGAUAAGACUAUGAAUUUUUAACUACGUACUUUGAGUGUAAUUUCCAUAUUUAUACUGAAGCUAGCAGAUAUUUUUUUAUAGUUUGUUAAUUAUGAAACACUCGAGGCCAUCUAGUUGUGAUCUUGGUAAAGUAUAUUUUGAGUGCUUUUCGGUUUUGUGAUCGGUGUAAAUUUCAUUUUGUGAAAUGUAUUGAAGUGGUCUCAUUACUAUUAAUUUUAUAUCUGCUUUGGAAUUUCUCGGUUUUACUCAGUAAAAUACACAUAAGUAGUCUUUUAGUAAUUAUAAUUCCAUUUUGAAAAGAGUUUUCUUUGUACAUGUGCACAAAUACGAUGUCCAAUCGCGCGAAAUCAAACUUGUGUUUUAUUAGAAAUAAUCCGGUUGUAUCUUCGUUGAAACGAAUUAAAGGUGUCAAAAUGGAAAAUCUUGAAAAAGCAGUCAUGUUUGAAAUUCAAAAAAAGUUAAUUAUGUUUGAAAACAGAAACGUUUUUGGAGACAAAAUAAACCACAGAAUUGGUUCUAUACAUUACAUGCCCUGUAUGAUUUGAAAAUAUCAUCUCUGGGACGUACUUGUUGAAUUUCCGUUUUCGGCGGAACGGUUGGUUCUUGUUCCGUGUAUAAAUGCUAGGCGCUGUAAAGGUGGGUGUUUGUCAAUCAUUAUUGUCCACCAAAAUGUUUAUCAUACGAGCCGAGUGUUACCAGUAGGUGAUAUUAUAUUUCCUGUCACUGAACUAUAAGAUUUCACCACUGGCCAACUGACUGUUUCGCACGGUUUCUUUUAACACAUCUGUCUUUUCCCUCCGUUUCCCAUAUAUAUUUAGCUGUACGUUUUAUUGUUUCUGCGACGUGUAUUUGCCUGCUAUUGAGGGCUUGACAAAAAUACGUGGUAACAGGCUAAGAUUUUCACGGAGUAAGCAAAUAAAUGGCUUAGAAAAACAAAGAUCUUUGCCGGGAUACGUUGCGGAAUAGAGGAUACAGCUCGGUGCACGCAUGAAUGGGAUUAACCCACUUGAUUGCCAACGUACUAGCACUCGUUAAAAGACAACAAAAUUGAUAUCUCGCCCUGUGACUCGGCAACAAUUAGCAACUCAGCAGGUAAAAAUGGACUUCUUUGGAACGCGCUAAAACUUCUUUGUACUAAUUAAACUUUGCCUUUGACUCUACACACUCAUUCAUUCUAGAAACUGCAAAAAUGGAAUCGCAGAUAAAUAAGGAAAGAUAAAUAAGAAAAACACGUUUCCUAUUGAUUAUAUAUUGCUAAGUUAAACAGGUGUCGAUUUUUAUUGAUUUCUAAGUAAAAAAGGAAUUAACUUUACAUCUAAGAAAGCAUAUUCUCAUUAGUGGACUCAGAGUUUAAAGUUCCAAUUUAGCUUUUUUUUCUUUUUUUUAGUUUAUUCUAACAUUAUUUGGAAACGAAUGAAUAGGUUGAAUAAAAGUUUCUUUGAAAUAGUAUGAUAUCCAUUCUCCUCAUGAAUAGAUUGUUAAAUUAGUUUAUUUGCUAACUACGGCACUUAUUCUUUUCAAAGUCAAAUUCGCAUUGUAUCUUGUCAAUUCUAUUGUGCAAGUAUUCCGGCCAGAUCUUUGAGCCCUUUGCAUCAUUUUAUAUCUGCACUGAACAUUACAGACUCAGGAGUCAGUGACUUCAGCUGGCCUGCUCCUGUGCAAAUUCACAGGUACUUUCUUUUUCUAAUUCUUUCCCUUAUUAGAGUCCCAUUAGAUGCCACAGUUAAUUGCCUCGGAUCAAUACAAAGCUGAUGCGUUAAUGCUUCAUGCAAAAAAUGUACAGAAUGCUUUAUCCACUGUGUAUCUGGUCCGUCCUCAUUGUGCUGCAUGUUCUGAAAUACACAUAUACAGAUGCUGUGUUAGGAAGGGAAUCCAAAAAGAAUCUACACCAACACAUGACUAAGAGAGAAAUAGAGUAUUACUUUGGUGUUAAGGAUCCUUCUGAAAUUCCCGAUUAUGAAGUAAGAGCUCCACAGCAAACAGAGGCGAAUGGAAGGGCUGUGUCUCGCUUUCGCCGCAGACGGAGUAUUGACCAUCCAGAUGUUUUGCACUAUAAGCUGCAUGCAUUCGGCUCCAAACUCCAGCUAAGAUUAAAGCGAAAUCUAAAUCUCAUGUCACCAAAUUUAGUCAUUGAAAGGCAUCAUAGAGGGGGUAUGGUAACGACUCAUCCCGCACCUAGGAACAAAUACUACUUAGGAAAAGUGUCAUCUGACCCAGACUCUUUGGUGGCUUUGAGAAGCGACAGAAUCCUGUCAGGUAUGAUAAGGACGUCACGUGACUUAUUUUUUGUACAACCUCUACCUGCACACUUGGCUAAGCGCGUGAGAAGAAGUACUGACUCCUCACCGCAUCUGAUUUAUAAACUAUCACCUGGAAAUCCUGAGGCAUCAGGCUGUCAAACGAAGACGUCAGGUAACGAUCGCUUAAAGAGAUCUACACAUGAAAGGACAACUCGCGAAACCAGCAGUAGUAGCUAUAAAUAUUUGGAAGCAGCAUUAAUUGUCCCCAAAAGCUACGAAGAAAAGUAUGGUUCAAAUAAAUUCCAAACCAUUCUUCUUGUUAUUGCUAACAUGGUUGCCGGUAUGUUUCAAGAUCCUUCCAUAGGAGACAUAAAGGUUUAUUACGUUGUCACCAAGAUCAUUGUUCUCAAUUCAACAGAUGAACAGGCCGGUUUCAAAGCCAGUGACAGUGACAGCCAGAAACUGAAAAAAAUGAUGAGAUGGACAUUUCCUGCAGUAAACAAGGCUGAUAAUGACCCGGAGCAUUAUGACGUGUUUAGCUAUGUGUCAAAUAAAAUACCUGUCGGAGGUCUCGCUCCUAUCAACAGCAUGUGCUCCAAGUCCCGUUCAAAUGGUAACGUUCAAGCUGAUCUUGGUCUUCAAACUGCACUGCACGUCGCACACGAGACGGGUCACAACUUCAAGUUAGCUCAUGACAAAGAUGUGGGGUGCAAUUCAAAUGCAUAUAUUAUGGCUGCCUCUUUGCCGGGGGGUGUUUAUGCUGCCACGUGGUCAAACUGUUCCCGAAAUGUCCUACAAGAUUUUCUGAAAAACGAGGCACGGUCCUGGUGUUUAAAUGACCCACCAACUGCUGCUCCACUUCCGGCUCUCCCCCCUCAGUACCAAGGAAAACUCCCUGGGGAAAUAUUCAGCGGAGACGAUCAAUGUGUCAUGCAGUAUGGCACUGGGUGGAGAAUGUCGCCAUAUCAAGCGGGUGUUUGUGGUACGUUGUACUGCUUCAAAGAUGGCACUCAGCUGAGCUAUACCGCACCAGUAGCGGACGGGAGUCCAUGUGGAGUCCGUUCGUGGUGCAUAGGCGGAGAGUGUGGGGACAAUGGUCGACCGAGAAUCCAUGGAAAAUGGAGCGCGUGGCCGUCAGUUUACUCGUCAUGUACCAGGAAUUGUGGUGGAGGAGUGCAGUACAGAACGAGAGUUUGUAGAAAUCCUGUCCCAUCUAACGGAGGGUCUCCAUGCAAGGGAACAGACAAAGAGUGGAGAAUUUGUAACUCUCAGGCGUGUCCGAAAGAUAUAUCCAAAACCUUUAGACAAGAACAAUGCUCCCAGAGGAACAGCCCAGCUCCCUAUUAUCAGAAGUCAAGUCCCUGUGCCCUCUGGUGUAUAUCUGGGAGGACUGCUAUUGGUUACGGUAUUGUCAAAGACGGAACACGAUGUACAUUGAAUGAGUCUCCGACCAACUUAGAUGUGUGCAUUCAAGGCAGUUGUCAGCCUGUAGGCUGCGACCACGUGCUUAAAUCCAAUACAAUGAUUGAUCGAUGUGGAAAGUGUGGUGGGGAUGGAGACACUUGCUUCAUCGUUUCUUCUAAUUACACUACUUCUCAUAAAGUGAAAGGUGCUGAUAAAGCAGACCUAAUGGUCAGACUUCCAGUGGGUUCUUAUAGUGUCCAUUUCCUGAUGAGGAAAUCAUCCAAUAAUUACAUUGGGGUUCAAACAGACAACGGGACACAUUUAGUGGGCGGUGCAAAAAGCUCAAAAGUUCAAACAGUGAUUGCUGCUAACACAACUAUACAAUACACUCGUAAGAAAGGCAAAUAUAAAGAUGAGCUGCAGAUUCCAGGUCCUACAGAUGCGUUCCUAAGAGUUGUUUAUGUUUACGUCAAAGGAGAGAAUCCGGGAGUGGAUUACGACUAUAUAAGACCCGUUAAACCUAAGGAAACCCCGCCUGAGAGAAACUUUGAAUGGACGCUGACUGAUUGGACUGGCUGCUCAGCAACUUGUGGCAAGGGAUUCCGUACGCGCUCAGCUAGAUGUAUUAGAUCUGACGACAAAACUCCCGCCAGUAAUAGAGCAUGUGGAAGAGAACCAAGCACCAGAGAGGAAUGUAAAAUAAAGGACUGCCCCUCUGCCUGGCACGUCACUCCUUGGACAGACUGCUCCAGAUCAUGCGGGCGCGGUCUACAGACACGUAAGGUUAUCUGCCGCAUGAAGAUUAGCGCAAAUGACUACGGAACAAGCACCAACUGUUCUGCCGAUACAAAACCCAACAUCAGUUUAAAAACGAAGUAUUGUAACAGCAUCGCUUGCGAUUCUGAUUGGGAUACAGAAGAAGGAUUCAUUAGGGGCCAAUGUGGAGAGCCAUUCAAACCAGAUGAACUGAAAUGUUAUCAUAUGGAUCAGUUUGGCGAUAGGGCUCUGAUCCCAGAUAUUGUUUGCCGCUAUAGAGAAAAACCAGUCCGCCUGCCUUGUACCACACUCCCACCUCCUACUACAACAAGUCCCCCGGAUGACAAAACCGAUACCACCAAGAAACCGACAAAGAAAAGUCAAUCAAUUCGCACGCAAAGCGCAAUGGUUGUUGCCUUCCUUAUUCCUGUGCUACAGGUCUUACUAGACUAUUUUAUCUUUUCAUAAGAAAGGUCCGCUGUUGCUGGGGAUCACGUGAACUCCCCCCCCCCCCCAACCUCCCAAGAGACAGUCAUGAGAGACUUAAGAACGGAAGGAAUGUUAAUUAAUGUCUAACAGGGCAGGUCACGUGAUUUCCAGCUGCGAACUAAUUAAUGUCCACAGCAGCAUGUCAGUGCAUAGAUUAAACCUCGCACUAUAAAAAAAACGAUAACAAAGUGCGAACCACUGACAAUAGCGAUUAAUUUUUGUAAUUAGUAAACUGUAAUUGGAUAGUUAGAUUUUCUGGUCAUAUAACGCGUACUGUGAUUGGAUGACUGUUAGGUAUGAGCCUAUGUUAUCACAGCGGUAAUAUUUGGGAGCGUGCGCAAUCCCGAAGGAAUUGUCGAAAAAAAAA